CCAAUGUCUUAUGCACUCUUCACUACUCUCUCUACUUAGCAAAAAGACACAACAAAGUUGGUUUACAUAAAGAGUAACAAGAGAUGGCAAUUAAGUGUUUAGCCGUGUUCCUCGUUGCUCUCACGGUGGCUCAGUCCGUCACCGCCACAAGACCGGCACCGGCCAAGAAUGUCGGAGCUGGUCUUGAAGACCAAAAGAACUUUGUUGCGUUUGCUGGCGUCGGUGGAGCUGCUGGAGUUGGUGGUGUUGGAACAGGUCUUGGUGGUGUAGCCGGUGGAGUUGGUGGUGUCGCCGGAGUUCUACCUGUAGGUGGAGUAGGCGGCGGAAUUGGUGGUAUUGGAGGUGGUGUAGGUGGUCUCGGUGGUGUUGGUGGUCUAGGGGGUGGUUCGGGUCUCGGUGGUGGAAUAGGUGGUGGUUCAGGUCUCGGUGGCGUAGGUGGACUCGGCGGUGUAGGUGGACUCGGCGGUGUAGGCGGAGUCGGUGGUUUGGGAGGAAUAGGCGGUGGAAGCGAUUGCGGUGGCGUUCUACCUCACCCUUGAUAUUAAAAACGUUUUUUCUAUAUAAACCAAAGAUCGAUCCAAGGGUUUAUAAUGUUUGUAUCAGUUUUCUAAUGUUGUAAGUUUUUAUUUUCCCGAUGUUAUGUUUAAGUCUUUGCUUGUUUUUUUCA